UUGAACGUGGUCCAUAGCUGGAACCUUCCGGAGCGAUUCGUCAGCGUCUAAAGUUACGUCUUCGUCAGACCCGCGACGAGUCUAGUAGUUCUAGAAACAACAUGGAGUGUAUAAAAGUAAUGGAGCUUCACUCUGCGAGGCAGACGAGCACAGACGACUCCAACCACACGAGAGGCAACGAGGACUUGAGGAGAGUCCAGUCUCAGAAACGCGAGAAGCCCCACUACAGCCGAACUGUUACACAUAAUAAACCAUCAGAAUGUCUAAAGGAGUAUCCAUUGGAAUCGACCUGGGAACUACUUACUCCUGUGUGGGUGUGUUCCAACAUGGGAAAGCUGAAAUCAUUGCCAAUGAUCAGGGCAACAGAACAACUCCAAGCUACGUCGCCUUUACAGACACUGAGAGACUCAUUGGAGAUGCUGCCAAAAACCAGGUUGCCAUGAACCCCAACAACACAAUUUUUGAUGCCAAACGUCUGAUUGGUCGAAAGUUUGAUGACCCUGUAGUUCAGUCUGACAUGAAGCUCUGGCCCUUUAAAGUGAUCAACGAUGGCAGCAAACCAAAAGUCCAAGUGGAAUACAAGGGGGAGACGAAGACAUUCUACCCAGAGGAGAUCUCCUCCAUGGUCCUGGUCAAAAUGAGGGAGAUUGCUGAGGCCUAUUUGGGUCAGAGAGUCACCAAUGCUGUCAUCACAGUUCCAGCUUAUUUCAAUGACUCACAGAGACAGGCUACCAAGGAUGCUGGAGUGAUUGCUGGUUUGAAUGUGCUGAGGAUCAUCAAUGAGCCAACCGCAGCGGCUAUUGCCUAUGGGUUGGACAAGGGCAAGAGAGAGGAGAGGAAUGUCCUGAUCUUUGACCUGGGCGGAGGCACUUUUGAUGUGUCCAUCCUGACCAUAGAGGAUGGUAUCUUUGAGGUGAAAGCGACAGCUGGCGACACUCACCUGGGUGGGGAGGACUUUGACAACCGCAUGGUCAAACACUUUGUGGAGGAGUUUAAGAGAAAGCACAAGAAAGACAUCAGCCAGAACAAGAGGGCAGUCAGGAGGUUGCGCACAGCCUGCGAGAGAGCAAAGAGAACCCUGUCUUCUAGCACUCAGGCCAGCAUUGAGAUCGACUCCCUGUUUGAUGGCAUUGAUUUCUACACUUCCAUAACUAGAGCUCGCUUUGAGGAGCUGAACUCUGAGCUCUUUAGAGGCACCCUCGAACCAGUAGAAAAGGCUCUGAGAGAUGCCAAAAUGGACAAGUCCCAGAUUCAUGAUAUUGUCUUGGUUGGCGGAUCCACAAGAAUCCCCAAGAUCCAGAAACUUCUGCAGGACUUCUUCAAUGGCAGGGACCUCAACAAGAGCAUCAAUCCAGAUGAAGCAGUUGCUUACGGUGCAGCCGUGCAGGCUGCCAUCCUCAUGGGUGACACCUCCGAAAACGUCCAGGACUUGCUGCUGCUGGACGUUGCUCCGCUAUCACUGGGCAUCGAGACCGCUGGAGGAGUCAUGACUGCCCUCAUCAAACGCAACACCACCAUCCCCACCAAACAGACACAGAUCUUUUCCACCUACUCAGACAACCAGCCAGGUGUGCUGAUCCAGGUCUAUGAAGGUGAGAGAGCCAUGACUAAAGACAACAACCUGCUUGGCAGGUUCGAGCUCACAGGUAUCCCCCCAGCACCACGAGGCGUACCCCAGAUUGAAGUGACUUUUGAUAUCGAUGCCAACGGUAUCCUGAACGUGUCUGCCGUGGACAAGAGCACUGGCAAAGAGAACAAGAUCACCAUCACCAAUGACAAGGGUCGUUUGAGCAAAGAGGAGAUUGAGAGAAUGGUGCAGGAGGCGGACAAAUACAGGGCUGAGGAUGAGAUGCAGAGGGAGAAAAUUGCAGCCAAAAAUAAUUUGGAAUCCUAUGCCUUCAAUAUUAAGAACAGCGUCGAGGAUGAAAAGCUUAAAGGCAAGAUUAGCGAGGAUGAUAAGAAGAAGGUCAUUGACAAGUGUAAGGAGGUUAUCACAUGGUUGGAGAACAAUCAGCUGGCUGAGAAGGAAGAGUAUGAGCAUCACCAGAAGGAACUGGAAAGUGUCUGUAAUCCCAUCAUCUCUAAAUUGUACCAGGGAGGAAUGCCUCCUAUGGGCGGCUGUGGAGCUCAGGCAGAGUCCAGUGCACAGGGCCCUACCAUUGAAGAAGUGGAUUGAAGAUGAUGGGAAGUUGACUGACCUAGAAAGUUGAUUAAAUUAUAUAAAGUGCUUUGGUACAAACCAAAUGGUGUGGUCUAUUUUGGAAGUGUACAAGUGAGCACAUCUUGCACUGUCAUACAUUUUGUGAACACUUUUUAUCUCUGUACUGUCUUAUCUGCCUGUUUUUAUAUUACUUUAUGAUUUAAAUAAAAUAAUGGA